AUUCAAUUUGAAUCAACUGUCAAGCAAUUUUGCAUGUCUAUUCAAUCAUUCUUUGUUUUAUUAUUCAAUAAAAAUUAAAAAUAAUUAUAAAUAAAAACCGUCUAUUCACUUUUGAAAAUACACAAACCGAAUCUCUUGAUUAUGCUAAAAUACACCGAUGGACGAUCGAUUAGAGUGCUUGCAUUUCUGGAGGCUUACGAAAGGCAAACAUGCCUUUGGGAUACUACCUUGGAUAGCUAUAAAAAUAAAUUAGAUCGUGACCAGGCGUACAUGGCAAUAAUUAAAGAGCUCAAUGUACCAUCAUUAACGGUUCAUGAUAUCAAAUUGAAAGUCAAAGGCAUAAGGACGACAUAUACAAAAGAAUUAAGAAUUUUAAAUGCUCACAAAAGAUUGGGGAAGGCAUAUAAACCCAAAUUGUUUUGGUUCAACAGAGCUAAUUCAUUUUUGAAAAAUGUAUGCGUUUCCAGACGCAGGAAAGAAUUUUGUCCAAAAUUGGAACUUGAAAGUCAACCUGAUUGCAAAGAUUACACUGUUGAAUAUGGUGAUGAACCUUAUGACGGUGAAGAAAUGGAAGCCGUAAAUGAACUAAACGAUGACGAACAAUCUCAAAAUAACGAAAAUGAACAAGACUUUAAAGCUUAUAUGCAAGUUGUAAAUGAAGAUGAAACAGAAAAAUAUCAAAUAAAAGAACAACAAACACCAAUAUAUAUCGAACAAAGUUAUGAUGAGCCUUUACCUACACCACCACCUCCAACCCAACCAAGCACAGAUAAUCCUCGAAUAAAUAAUAAUAAGCAUGAAGUAACAACAAACACGUUCGAUGUAUCACCGUCACCAGCAUUAAAAGAAGAUGAAUUUGAUUUAUUCUGUCGCAGUGUAGCUGGUCAGCUCCGUGCCAUUCCGGAUUCGUAUUCCCGAUCACUAGCAAAACUGAAAAUUCAACAAAUUCUCUUCGAAGCAGAAACUGGUCACUAUAAGAAUAGUCCUUGCAUUACAAUACCAAUUGUUCAACAAAUAAAUGGCGUGUAAUUCUAACAA